UUCUCUCCUGCACCCUCCCCUCAAGAGCCAGGACUAGAGAAGACGCGUGGAGGGAGGUUGGUGGCUACAAGUGGCUACCGAGAAGACUUAGCUGGACCAGCCGGGGAUGGGCGGUGAGGUCUCCUCCGCUGCCCCAAGGAGGCGGCAUAGAUGGGACAGAUUGAAAGGAAAUGCACAUCUGAAGGAAUUUGUUUAAUUGGGUAGUCCCUGAGACCAGAAACCCAGCAUCAACAGUGUGCAGAAGAUUGCUCCGAGAGCUUCCUCCGUGUUACCAAGUGACAAUGAGGUUGUAACUAGAGGCACAUGCUGAAAGGGAGGCUUGUCACUGGCAAACCGUGGCAUGGUGGAGUGGUGCACUCAUGGCAUGCAUGGAGCUUCUGCAUCUUGCCAAAGAGGAUAGUCCACCAGUUCGGUCCCACAAAGCAGACUGGAGUUUGCACUCUCCACUGUGUCAGGGACAACUGAGUCAAAGUGAGGAAUGGACUAGAGUGCAAGCUAUGGAUACCGAGUCUGGUGAGGGCCACUGCAAAGCCAUCCAGAGGGCAAUCAAAGAAGAUCCUGCCCAGACUCCUCUUUCCUUUGUUGCCGCCUCAUCACUAUCCCCAGAAAUCAUGACCGCAGGUGAGGUCACCUGUCAUCCUGCCCUUCCACAAGAAGGAAAACAGGCACUCCAAAAGAGGCCCUGCUGUUGUGAAUCAGAGACCUCCUUCAUCUGUGUGGACGAAAACGUCAACAAUGUGGACCACACAGGAAAUCUGGACCCUAGGAGCUUUUGCCAAGACCCAGAUCUCCAAAGCCAUGGAGUGUCUUGUGGGGAGAUGGCCCUCCAAUGGCCCUACGACCCACCCUCCUUGGUUUCUGAGGAAGAUGAUGACACCGGCUCAGAAGACGCUGGUGGGAAGUCUAUUGAUUAUGGUUUUGUCAGUGCCAUCUUCUUCCUAGCCAGUGGGAUUUUGUUGGUGAUCAUCUCCUACAUAGUUCCCAGAGAUGUGACUGUGGACCCCGACACAGUGGCGGCCAGGGAGAUGGAGCGGUUGGAGAAUGAGAGUGCCAGGAUUGGGGCUCACUUAGAUAGGUGUGUGAUUGCUGGGCUCUGCCUCUUGACCUUGGGUGGUGUUGUGCUGUCUAGUUUGCUCAUGAUGUCGAUGUGGAAAGGAGAACUCUACAGGAGCCACAGGUUCGCUGCUUCCAGGGAAUCAGCCAAACUAUAUGGCUCCUUCAAUUUUCGAGUCAAAUCCUCUCCCAACGAUAAUAUGGAGUUAUCAUUAGUCGAGGAGGAUAUCCUUGUUGCGGAUAGUUAGGUUGGCCUUGAUGAUUUGAGGCUGCAGAGAAUGGGGGAUUUUAUUUUUUCAUUAAAUGGAACAAAUGAGGCUUAACAUAGCUGGUAUCUCCCAGCAGGAGCCUCCCUUGCCAACAGAGUAAAAUGGAAGAUUUGCAUUGUAUAGACGUGUGUUCUUGGGUAAAAAGACAAAAGUGAUUAUUAAUAUUGAAAAUAACGGGUACUGUUCAUUUUGAACUAAGAAUGAAUAGGGCUCUUGCUCUCUCUUUUUAAAAGAUAUUAUUUGGCCAAAAUCUUAAGAAUAUGAACUUGGAAAUAAGUGCCACUGAAAAUUGGUGUUAUUUAGGGCUAGUUAAUGUGUGUAUCAUUUGCAUUUCAGGUUUAACAGCCCCCUCCUUCAUCAGCAGGUCUCUUUCUCCUUAGGGAAAUGGAUAUGACUCAGUGGUCGAAGCACAUCAGUCCCAAGGCAAUAUCCUACCAUUUCCCAGUUGCAAAUAUCUUCAGCAUUUUAUUAUAUUCAUUCUUUUUAAAAGGAAUACUCCAAGCUAGCAGUAGUCUCCCAAGCCUUGUCAGGGAAGCCUCUGUUGAAAUUUCCCUACA